AUGCUUCGGAGACUCAAGAAAAGCAAGUCCCAACAACAGGAGGUCAUUUCAAUUGAUGUUGUACAACGCCACGUAAUUCCUUCCAUUGAAGGUUUCUUUCAUUCGAUCGCUUUGUCACAAUCCAACUCCUUGCAAGAUACAUUAAGAUUGUUGACAUUAUGGUUCAAAUUUGGUGGAAUUCCUGAAGCCGCACAGGCUAUGUCAGAUGGUUUUGGAAUGGUGAAAAUUGAUAAUUGGUUGCAGGCUGUUCCACAGUUGAUUUCCCGGAUUCAUCAACCAAACCAGAUAGUCAGUGCAUCCUUGUUGGGGCUCUUGACAGAUUUAGGAAAGGCCCACCCUCAAGCCUUAGUGUAUCCAUUAGCAGUUGCUGUUACUUCAGAGUCUGUUAACAGAAAGAAGGCUGCAUUGUCUAUUAUCGACAAGAUGAGAAUUCAUUCAGCGACAUUAGUUGAACAAUCCGAGUUGGUGAGUCAUGAAUUAAUCCGUGUGGCAGUAUUAUGGCUUGAACAAUGGUACGAAGGAUUGGAAGAUGCUUCAAGAUUAUUCUUUGGCGAACAUAAUACGGAGAAAAUGUUUGAAGUAUUAGAACCUUUGCAUAAAAUGCUUCAAAAGGGACCAGAGACGAUGCGUGAAGCAUCUUUCAACAAUGCUUUUGGAAGGGAGCUUGCCGAUGCUUAUGAAUGGGUAUUAAAUUAUCGCAGGACAAAGGAUAUCACAAACUUGAACCAGGCUUGGGAUGUUUACUACAAUGUAUUCCGCAGGAUUAGUAGACAGUUACCGCAACUUCAAAGUUUGGAAUUACUGUUCGUGUCACCAAAAUUAGAAGCGAUGAAAGACUUGGAGCUAGCUGUGCCAGGUAGCUAUGAGCCAGGAAAGCCUAUUGUUAAAAUUGCGAAAUUUGAACCAACUUUCACUGUGAUUUCUUCAAAGCAACGACCAAGAAAAUUGGUUUGCAAGGGAAGUGACGGUAAAGAUUAUCAGUACUUGUUGAAAGGACAUGAGGAUAUCAGACAGGAUAACCUUGUGAUGCAAUUAUUUGGAUUAGUCAACACGUUACUUCUCAAUGACACUGCUUGUUUCAAGAGACAUUUAGACAUUCAGCAAUUUCCAGCUAUACCACUAUCUCCAAAAGUGGGUUUGUUGGGCUGGGUUCCUAACAGUGAUACUUUCCACGUCUUGAUCAGAGAAUACCGUGAGUCGAGAAAGAUUUUAUUGAAUAUUGAACACAGGAUUAUGUUACAAAUGGCCCCAGAUUAUGAUAGUUUAACACUUCUUCAGAAGGUUGAAGUUUUUACUGGAGCAUUGGAUAAUACCCGAGGUCAGGACUUGUAUAAAGUUUUAUGGCUCAAGUCUAAGUCUUCGGAAGCCUGGCUUGAUCGUAGAACAACAUACACUCGUUCUUUGGCAGUUAUGUCUAUGGUCGGAUAUAUCCUCGGUUUAGGAGAUAGGCAUCCAUCAAACUUGAUGCUUGACCGAAUUACUGGUAAAGUUGUUCAUAUUGAUUUUGGAGACUGUUUUGAAGCUGCUAUUUUGCGGGAGAAAUACCCAGAAAAAGUUCCGUUCAGACUCACAAGAAUGCUCAACUAUGCAAUGGAAGUCAGUGGAAUAGAAGGUUCGUUUAGAAUCACUUGCGAACACGUUAUGAGGGUGUUACGGGACAAUAAGGAGUCAUUGAUGGCCAUUUUGGAAGCAUUCGCAUAUGAUCCAUUGAUCAAUUGGGGUUUUGACUUCCCUACAAAGGCAUUAGCCGAGGCAACAGGGAUUAAAGUGCAACAACAUAAUACAAAAGAGAUGUUGAAGAAAGGUGAAAUUGACGAGGAGGAGGCCAAUAGACUUAACAAGCUCAAUGCUUUGGAGAUUAGAAAUGCCAGAGCUGCUUUGGUCCUUAAGCGCAUCACUGACAAAUUAACGGGCAAUGAUAUCAAAAGAUUGAAAAAUUUGGAUAUUCCAACGCAAGUGGAUAAAUUGAUUCAACAAGCUACAAGUGUGGAGAAUUUGUGUCAGCAUUACAUUGGCUGGUGUUCCUUCUGGUAA